GUGUUUUUUUGCUGUUCUUUUUGGUUGAUGGGGUUUAUGGGAUGUUAUUGUGAAACAUCUGGGAAGAUGAGGAGCAAAUGGGUUUGAUUUUAGAUCGGAAAGUUUCUGGUUUUGAUCUGAGAUUAUAGUUCUGGAAGCGCAAAAGUAUUUGAAUUUGAUUGGCGGGGUAGCUUAAAGGAUUUGAGAAGAAAGGAGAUGAUGACGAGCAACAGCGGAGCUCUGCGAGGCACCCGAUCGGCUCGGUAUGCAUCCGACCCGCCGGAAGGGAAGCCCCCCGGCAUGCCUCCACCGCCGACGGUGACUUUCGGCCGGCGCACGAACUCCGGGCGGUACAUCAGCUACUCACGUGAUGAUCUCGACAGCGAGCUUGGCAGCGUGGACUACACCAAUUAUCACGUCCACAUCCCGGCGACGCCGGACAACCAGCCGAGCACCUUGGAUCCGUCCAUCUCCGCUCGGGUCGAGGAGCAAUACGUCUCCAGCUCCCUGUUCACCGGUGGGUUCAACAGCGUCACUCGCGCUCACCUCAUGAACCGAGUGAUCGACAAUGAGCCCGGGCGGCAGCAUCCUCAGAUGGCUGGCGCAAAGGGCUCAUCUUGCGCCGUCCCUGGCUGUGAUUCCAAUGUCAUGAGUGAUGGCCGUGGGCAGGACAUCCUCCCCUGCGAGUGUGAUUUCAAGAUCUGUGUUGAAUGUUUCAAUGAUGCUGUGAAGACUGGAGGAGGGAUUUGUCCUGGAUGCAAGGAGCCUUACAAGGCUACUGAGCUUGAAGAGGUGAUGCCAUUGUCAUUGCCUGCUCCUCCGGCGCAGGGACAAUCAAAGAUGGAGCGGAGGUUGUCGCUUAUGAGGUCGAGCAAGCAGCUUACUCGGAGUAUGACACAAACCGGUGACUUUGAUCACAAUAGGUGGUUGUUUGAGACUAAGGGGACUUAUGGAUAUGGGAAUGCAAUAUGGCCAAAGGAGAAUGUCGGUGAUGGGAGCACUGGAGGAGGUUCGGAUGGACAGCCUGCUGAGCUUACUAAUAAACCUUGGAGACCGCUUACCCGCAAGUUGAAGAUCCCUGCUGCCGUCCUCAGCCCAUAUAGGCUCCUUAUCUUUGUGCGGUUGGCUGUUCUAUGUCUGUUUCUCACAUGGCGUGUAAAGCACAAGAAUGAGGAUGCCAUAUGGCUCUGGGGAAUGUCUGUUGUUUGUGAGCUUUGGUUCGCUUUUUCAUGGCUUCUUGACCAGCUCCCUAAGCUCUGCCCGGUCAACCGCUCCACAGAUCUGGCUGUUCUAAAAGAGAAGUUUGAGACACCAAGCCCUAGCAACCCUACCGGGAAAUCUGAUCUUCCUGGAGUUGAUGUGUUUGUAUCCACUGCUGACCCUGAAAAGGAGCCUCCACUAGUCACUGCAAACACUAUACUAUCGAUCCUUGCUGCGAAUUACCCUGUUGAGAAGCUGUCCUGCUAUGUGUCUGAUGAUGGUGGUGCACUUCUUACAUUUGAAGCUAUGGCCGAAGCUGCCAGCUUUGCAGACAUUUGGGUCCCUUUCUGUCGUAAACAUGACAUUGAGCCAAGAAAUCCAGAGAGCUAUUUUAACUUAAAAAGGGAUCCUUACAAGAACAAAGUACGGUCUGAUUUUGUGAAGGACAGGAGAAGGGUGAAGAGGGAGUAUGAUGAAUUUAAGGUUCGUAUUAAUGGGUUGCCGGAUUCUAUUCGCCGGCGUUCAGAUGCCUAUCAUGCUCGUGAGGAGAUCAAGGCUAUGCGGUUGCAGAGGGAAAACACUGGUGAAGAUUCUCUGGAGCCUGUUAAGAUUCGCAAAGCAACGUGGAUGGCUGAUGGCACUCAUUGGCCUGGCACUUGGAUGGAUUCCUCUACAGAGCACUCUCGGGGCGAUCACGCCGGAAUAAUACAGGUGAUGCUUAAGCCCCCAAGUGAUGAGCCAUUACUGGGCAAGAAUGACGAUAAAAGCCCUCUUGACUUCACAGAUGUAGACAUCCGCCUCCCCUUGCUUGUUUACGUCUCUCGUGAGAAACGCCCGGGCUAUGACCAUAACAAGAAGGCUGGUGCCAUGAACGCCCUUGUUCGUGCCUCGGCCAUCAUGUCCAAUGGCCCUUUCAUUCUCAACUUGGACUGCGACCACUAUAUCUACAACUCCCAGGCACUCCGUGAGGGAAUGUGCUUCAUGAUGGACCGAGGAGGUGAUCGCAUAUGUUAUGUGCAGUUCCCUCAACGAUUUGAAGGCAUUGACCCGUCAGAUCGUUAUGCAAAUCAUAACACCGUUUUCUUUGAUGGGAAUAUGCGUGCGCUUGAUGGCCUACAGGGUCCAGUUUAUGUGGGAACAGGCUGCCUCUUUCGCCGUAUUGCUCUUUAUGGAUUUGACCCCCCUCGUUCGAAAGAGCGCCACCCCGGUUUCUGCAGCUGCUGUUUCCCAAGGAAGCAUAAGAGCAAGAGUGGAGCAUCUGUUGCAUCUGAGGAGACUCGAGCUCUUCGUAUGGGAGACUCUGAUGAAGAGGAGAUGGAUCUCUCUACAUUCCCUAAGAAGUUUGGUAACUCAAGCUUCCUCAUUGAUUCUAUACCAGUGGCUGAGUUCCAAGGCCGGCCUCUUGCUGACCACCCUGCUGUGAAGAACGGCCGCCCGCCAGGUGCCCUCACCAUCCCUCGUGAUCUCCUCGAUGCCUCCACUGUUGCUGAAGCCAUAAGUGUCAUCUCAUGUUGGUACGAGGAUAAAACAGAAUGGGGUGAGCGUGUUGGAUGGAUUUACGGGUCAGUGACUGAGGAUGUCGUCACUGGCUACCGGAUGCACAACAGAGGUUGGAGGUCAGUUUACUGUGUGACCAAGCGUGAUGCUUUCCGGGGCACUGCUCCAAUCAACCUUACAGACCGUCUCCACCAGGUCCUUCGGUGGGCAACCGGGUCAGUAGAGAUCUUCUUCUCCCGUAACAACGCACUCCUUGCCAGCACCAAGAUGAAGAUCCUCCAGAGAAUUGCUUACCUUAAUGUUGGCAUCUACCCAUUCACCUCCAUCUUCCUAAUCGUCUACUGUUUCCUCCCUGCACUCUCACUCUUCUCCGGCCAGUUCAUUGUCCAGACACUCAAUGUGACUUUCCUGACAUACCUUCUCGUCAUCACCAUCACACUCUGCAUGCUGGCUGUGCUUGAGGUGAAAUGGUCAGGUAUAGAGCUAGAAGAAUGGUGGCGAAACGAACAGUUCUGGCUCAUCGGUGGAACCAGUGCCCACCUUGCCGCUGUGCUCCAAGGUCUGCUGAAAGUCAUUGCUGGCAUUGAAAUCUCAUUCACCCUCACUUCAAAGUCAGCUGGUGACGAUGCCGAUGAUGAGUUUGCAGACCUAUACCUCGUGAAAUGGUCGUCACUUAUGAUUCCUCCAAUCACAAUCAUGAUGGUGAAUCUUAUUGGCAUUGCUGUUGGAUUCAGCAGAACAAUAUACAGUGUGGUGCCACAAUGGAGCAAGCUUAUCGGCGGAGUGUUCUUCAGCUUCUGGGUGCUUGCCCAUCUUUACCCGUUCGCCAAAGGUCUGAUGGGACGGCGAGGGAGGACUCCAACCAUCGUCUUUGUGUGGUCCGGGCUCAUCGCCAUCACCAUAUCUCUUCUCUGGGUGGCCAUUAAUCCUCCAAGCUCAAAUUCACAGAUUGGAGGUUCCUUCACAUUCCCCUGAUUCUCAUUCCUUUUUUUUGACUGCUGCAUGCAUGGAUUUUAUUCCAAGAGAGUCUCCAGAUUUUGAAUUGUGCUCUUUUGGAGAUGGAUUCAAAAAGUGAUUCAUUUUGUUGCAUGCUUUCUGAAAUUUGCUGCUGCUGCUGCUGCUGCUGCUGCUGCUGCUUGUUAUGUGGAAAGUAGAAGAAAGUUUAAUCUUAAGUUUUAGUUUUGGGACUCACCAUUCAAUUUGUUGUUGUUUUUCUCUAUUUCUUUGCCUAAGAGUUUAUUGAAAAGGAUAAUAUUGUUUACAUUAUUGCAUAUAAAUGUUUCGUGUAUUCAUAUUUAAUUUAAUCAAAUCAAUGUAGUUAUUGCUGCAGAA